AUGUCCGAAGAGCUCAUGACACAGGAUGAAGCUGUUUCAGCGCUCCUGGCUUUUGUCUAUUCCAGCGCUAUUGGCUCUCCGAAGGGAAAAGGUGUGGGUUACGCGUUGAUCGAAGCGACGCCUACGACCUUCUCCUGGUCGGCGGCCUUGGAAGAUAUUGGUGCGCAGGCUAUGCCUGUUGAUCGGUACUGGAUUAAAAUCGACAGGCGGUCGAAGGAAAUAUCACCUCCAGAACCCAUAGUACUUUCGGAAGCAGAGCUGUCAGAGGCAAUUCUGUCGGCCACAGGUCAGCGCCUGGCCUCAUCGGCUAGAUUCACUGACGGUGCACUGAGCAUCUCGUACAAGGUCAUGGUACAAGAGAGUCCAGGUACCGCCUACGUGGUCCAGCUAUGCCACCAUGGCAAUGUGGCAUCUAUGAACUCGCUGAUGGCCUUAAUCUCAAAGACACUCAACUCUCACAUCUUACCAGUGCCUCCCGUGUAUCCGAUACCCGGAGAAAAGAGACGGCAAGCUACUACGGGUGUAGGAAGGCAGAUAACGCUGUUGAUACCAGGCGUCAUAGCUUCGAGGACGCCUGCUGGGAGCAUCCCACUCCCGAAGCCUCGUCUCAUCGGUGAGCUUGUCGCCACGGACGUUGGCGACGAUACCAUCCUCAGCGUCGAACCCGAUCGACAUCACGGUCUCGGCGGCCCAUUUUCGUCUGUGCGCGAGUACCUCCAAGCAUACAUAAAGUCCUCACUUGUCGCCCUCGAAAAACAGCAAGGUAUCGAAGAAUAUAAGGAGAAGUUUCUCGAGCGCAUCAGGGACUUUGUUAAGAACUGCAUGCACAAGAUUCCGGCUAUUGUCGAGGAAAUCCCCAUUGUCGCUAUGCACUCUGACAUGGGACCCCAUAAUAUUAUCGUAUCCAGCCAUACACAUAUCGACAUAGAGGCUGUCAUCGAUUGGGAAUUUGUCGCCAGUGCUCCAUUUGCGUCACUUUACCGAAUUAUCGAGAUGUUUUUCCGCAAGCCAGCCGAAAACGGGUUUGGCCCGGAGUACGACCGCGCCAGUGAGCUUCGCGACGUAUUCUGGGGAACUAUUCCCGAGUGGAAGUUGCAGGUCGAGAGCGAGCCUACCCGAGUUUUCCUGGAGUGGUUUAGAUUUGGCUUAUUUAUGAAGCCCGAGUGGCGGCCGAAGGACCUCCCAGAAAACGAAGCAAAAGAGUUCUGGCGGGAAAACAUACGGGUUGUUGAAGGGAUCUUGCAUAAGUAUUCGUGA